CUGCGCGGUGGGCGUGAUCCGGGCACUUAGGGCAGGAUGAACGCUGCUUUCCAAGAUGGCGACGGAGGGAGGAGGGAAGGAGAUGAACGAGAUUAAGACCCAAUUCACCACUCGGGAAGGUCUGUACAAGCUGCUGCCGCACUCGGAGUACAGCCGGCCCAACCGGGUGCCCUUCAACUCGCAGGGAUCCAACCCCGUCCGCGUCUCCUUCGUAAACCUCAACGACCAGUCUGGCAACGGCGACCGCCUCUGCUUCAAUGUGGGCCGGGAGCUCUACUUCUAUAUCUACAAGGGGGUCCGCAAGGCUGCUGACUUGAGUAAACCAAUAGAUAAAAGGAUAUACAAAGGAACACAGCCUACUUGUCAUGACUUCAACCACCUAACAGCCACAGCAGAAAGUGUCUCUCUCCUAGUGGGCUUUUCCGCAGGCCAAGUCCAGCUUAUAGAUCCAAUCAAAAAAGAAACUAGCAAACUAUUUAAUGAGGAAAGACUAAUAGACAAGUCACGCGUAACCUGUGUCAAAUGGGUUCCCGGUUCGGAAAGCCUUUUCCUAGUAGCCCACGCCAGUGGGAACAUGUACUUGUAUAAUGUGGAGCACACUUGUGGUACCACAGCCCCCCACUACCAGCUUCUGAAGCAGGGCGAGAGCUUUGCCGUGCACACUUGCAAGAGCAAAUCCACGAGGAACCCUCUCCUUAAGUGGACGGUGGGCGAGGGGGCCCUCAACGAGUUUGCUUUCUCCCCAGACGGCAAGUUCUUGGCGUGUGUGAGCCAGGACGGGUUCCUGCGGGUGUUCAACUUCGACUCGGUGGAGUUGCACGGCACGAUGAAGAGCUACUUCGGGGGCCUGCUGUGUGUGUGCUGGAGCCCGGACGGCAAGUACAUCGUGACGGGGGGCGAGGACGACCUGGUGACGGUCUGGUCUUUCGUAGACUGCCGAGUGAUAGCUAGAGGCCACGGGCACAAAUCCUGGGUCAGUGUUGUGGCGUUUGACCCCUAUACCACUAGCGUGGAAGAGAGCGACCCCAUGGAGUUUAGUGGCAGCGACGAGGACUUCCAGGACCUCCUCCAUUUCGGCAGAGAUCGAGCCAAUAGCACGCAGUCCAGGCUGUCGAAACGGAACUCGGCCGAGAGCCGCCCCGUCAGCGUCACGUACCGGUUCGGCUCCGUGGGCCAGGACACACAGCUCUGCCUCUGGGACCUCACGGAAGACAUCCUUUUCCCCCACCAGCCGCUCUCGAGAGCAAGGACACACACAAAUGUCAUGAACGCCACGAGCCCUCCCGCCGGCAGCACUGGGAACAGCGUCACGACGCCCGGCAACUCCGCGCCCCCGCCCCUGCCCCGCUCCAACAGCCUCCCGCAUUCCACCGUCUCCAGCGCCGGCAGCAAGAGCAGCGUGGCCGACGGGGCCAUCGCUUCCGGGGUCAGCAAAUUCGCGACACUCUCCCUGCACGACCGGAAGGACAGGCACCACGAGAAAGACCACAAGCGAAACCAUAGCAUGGGACACAUUUCCAGCAAGAGCAGCGACAAACUGAACCUGGUUACUAAAACCAAAACGGACCCCGCUAAAACCCUGGGGACGCCCCUGUGUCCUCGGAUGGAAGACGUUCCCUUGUUAGAGCCGCUCAUCUGUAAAAAGAUAGCACACGAAAGACUGACUGUGUUAAUUUUUCUUGAAGACUGUCUAGUCACUGCUUGUCAGGAGGGAUUUAUUUGCACAUGGGGAAGGCCUGGUAAAGUGGGCUUAUUGUCAUCCCAAAACCAGGCCAGCUCUCCAGGUGGAACUGUAGUAUAGUGACCCACGCGGUCCUGAGGGAGCGACGGACAGAGGCAGAAGCCCCGGGCACGGACACUCGCAGAGGCAGCUGUCACCCGGAGUCGUGGGAAGACCCUCGGGGUCCGCUUGAAACCGCCUUCUCUGCCACUCACCCAAAGAAGCCAUUGCCAUUUUUAAAUCGUUCUUGUGGGGCUGCAGUAAAAAAUAAGAAAUGGGAUUUUCAUUUUCUUGCUUUUUACUCGAAAGUUCAAUGUAAUUAAAAUCUCAUAUAUAUAUGUGUGUGUGUGUGUGUAUAUAUCCAUACAUAUAUAUAUAUAUAUAUAUAUAUAUAUAUAUAUAUAGUAUAUACAUACAUACAUAGUGUAAAAUGUUUCUUGGACAAGAAAUCCCCUUAAAUUCAACUCUUAUAAAUAGCACUUCACUCUGGUUUUGCACUGAUGUCUUUAUACUUAGGUGGUCAGAAGGCAACCCGGAGGGCACUCGUGAAAGUUGUCACCUUCUGACGGGAAUGUGCCAUUCAGGACGGUGGAUGCUGCGAUCUGAGAUCUUCACGAGUCGUUUGCACUUAAAAUAGUUCACUGCUGUUAGGAAAUGACUUUAAAUAUGGGUCUCACGGACUCACGGCCCUCCAGUGUGUAUAGAUGCUUUUUAAUCUUAACAUUUAUUUUAAUACUGUUGUUUCCAGUGUAGUCUGGCUCUGUAUUAUAUGUACAAAUAAUGGAAUUCUGCUUCUGGGGGACGUGGUUACUUCAGUAAUUUUCAUCAAUCUAAGAGUGAUAUUUCUAAUUCAUGAAAAAAAUAUUAAUAUUAAAACUAUCUUGAAUAUACCA